UCCAGCUAUACAGCGGUGUAUGCAGGGAUCACAUUUGUAAGGCAUUGACAUAACAGCUUCGAGUUGAGCCUUGUGUAGUCGAAGUCACCAGUAUUGCACGCGCUGCGUACCCUACGAUUUCGACGGUGCGUUCUUCUUUCCGUUUCUUCCUUAAACUUUUCUUCCAAACAGCGCAUUGUGGCAAUAAAAAUAAAAUAAUCAAUUUCAUGGAGAAAUAUAAACGAAACAUUUCAGUGAAAUCUUCGUUAACAUAAAAAUUCAGUGUGUUAUACGUGUUAUAGAAUAACAAGUCUUUAAUGUUCUAUAAGUCUUUCAUUUCACGAUAUUUACUUACAAUGGCUAAAGUGUUGUCACCGAAAUUUGUGUCAUUUCUUGCGCCUGCGUGAACAGUAAGCCUGAGAAGCCUGAAUGGCAGGACUAUACCACAGAGGAUUCAUCAAUGUCUGGAUUAGCCGGUACAUUACGCGGCUUGGAGGACAUUUCCGGAAGUGGGACUCAACCUUACCGGAGAAACAGCCUCGCCUUGUCCUUGCACUCGAAUUUGGCUGGUUUCCCCUCUAAUAAUCCAGAGAUCACGCCUUUCCAAGUUGUUGAUUCGGCGCGAAGAAGAUUCAGCAAUGUCAGCGAUGUGGUCACGAGGAAAAUUUCUCACACUAUUCGCUGGAGGACCGUCUCUGCUUCCAUUGAACUCACCGUGUCACAGGGCACAUCAUUAUGCGGCCAGUAUAUACGAAAUCGAUUGAAACGAUCCGGAAUCUUUCAUCGAAAGCUCGGUCUGAAGAGGAUGAGGAGCGCCAUGUUGCUUCCGGGUGGCGCGGUUGUGGGGGAGGUUUAUCCAGAAUUGAUAUCAGUUGGUGCAGAACUGGAGAAAAUGCAUCCAAACUUGUUCAAUCGUGUUUCCCGACAAAUUGGCUGCGGUAGUUUCUCUUCGGAACAAUCCGCCAGCGUGGCCAUAGCCGAUGUCUCCAGGGAGAUGAUCAGAAACGGCGAGAUGACCUGGAGCAAAGUGAUAGCCCUUUACGCCAUCGCCGGUGGCAUUGCUGUGGAUUGCGUACGUCAGGGCAAACCUGAGUUUCUACCCGCCAUACAGAGAGGUAUGAAUGACAUUUUGGAAGAGGAUCUCGCUGCGUGGAUACAAGCCAAUGGCGGAUGGUCUGCCUUGACAACACGCUACAGGCCAGUAACAAAGGAGACAGCAUGGUGUACGCGGAAGCUUGUGUCAUUAUUUAUAUUUUCUACAGUGAUCGUCGUUAUAGUCUCGAUAUUUUUAAAAUUUUUAAUUUUAUAACAUGUACUAAAUAUACAGCCAUGAUUAUUUAUAUUUAUUGCA